AUGAUAAAAAAUAAUUCGUAAAGCUUUUCCACUUUAAGGAAAAAGUCAGCCAUCUCUACGUCGGAAACGACAAAAGCAAAGCAACAACCUGCAACGAAUAAAACAAGGGCGAAAUCCAUCACUUCCACAAUAAUUAAAUUUUAUAGGAAGCCUAUCACUGUAAUAAAACCACCUGAGAUUGACUUUAAUAAGAUCAAAGUAAAUGCCUUUACAUUGGCAAAUAGAAAUUCUCAUAAUAGUUCAUCAGAUCAGACAAAUUCUAGAAGUUAAAAUAGUGAUUUAGAAUAAUAAACAGGUGCAGUUAUGAAACCAAAUACUUAAGAUUAGUUACAAAUUCUAAAGCGAUAAAAAUAGUUACUUGAGUAUAGAUUGAUGCAAGAGACAGAAUCUUGUCAAUAAUAUCAAUAAAAUUAUCAUUUUCUGCAAGAAAGACUGUAGAAGUUGGAACUUGCAAAAAAUAACUACAUAAGUGAAAUGAAUUCGUUUACUAAAUGUUUAAAACUAAUUUUAAAUAGGGAUGAAUGA